CAAUGGGAGCCCGGGAUGUUAGCGGGUGGGAGGUGCGGCCGGGUUGCUACAGCCGGAGCUGGGCGGUGGCGGCGGCGGCGGCAGCGGCGGUGGCAGCUGCUGCGGGCGCUGCCGGAGGAAUCUCGCGGAAUCAGAGGUGGUGGCGCAAUGGAGGGACUGGAAGAAAAUGGAAGUGUCCAAGUUGGAGAAUUGUUACCAUGCAAGAUUUGUGGAAGAACAUUCUUUCCAGUGGCAUUAAAAAAACAUGGACCUAUUUGCCAGAAAACUGCCACUAAAAAACGGAAGACUUUUGAUUCAAGCAGACAAAGAGCUGAAGGAACUGAUAUUCCAACAGUAAAGCCUCUUAAACCUAGGCCUGAACCACCAAAGAAACCAUCUAAUUGGAGAAGAAAACAUGAAGAAUUCAUUGCCACCAUAAGAGCAGCUAAAGGCCUUGAUCAGGCACUUAAAGAGGGUGGAAAACUUCCUCCUCCUCCUCCACCUUCUUAUGAUCCUGAUUAUAUUCAGUGUCCAUAUUGCCAAAGGAGGUUUAAUGAAAAUGCAGCUGAUAGACAUAUUAAUUUCUGUAAAGAACAGGCAGCACGUAUUAGUAACAAAGGCAAAUUUUCUACUGAUACCAAAGGAAAGGCAACUUCUCGGACACAGUAUAAGCCGCCUGCACUUAAAAAGUCAAAUUCUCCUGGAACUGCACCAUCAGGAUCUUCACGAUUACCACAACCAAGUGGCACUAGCAAAACUGUUGUAGGUGUGCCUUCAGGUAAAGCGUCCUCAGUUAGCAGCUCUUUGGGAAGCAAACUUCAGACCUUAUCUCCCUCCCAUAAAGGGAUAGCAGCUCCUCAUGUAGGUAAGAUGGACAAGUUAGGCCCUCCACUUCGAACUGGAAGACAUGUGCAAAGGUUGUAUGACAGUGAUACAAAAUCAGACAGUACCAUCAAAAGACAUGAGUUAUUACCCAUUUACAAAACUAACAUCAAACCUCGAAAUUCCACACCACCUAGUUUGGCACGAAAUCCUGCUUCAGGUGUGCUUACAAACAAAAGAAAAACAUAUACUGAGAGCUACAUAGCCAGGCCAGAUGGAGACUGUGUAUCUUCACUUAAUGGUGGAAACAUUAAAGGCAUGGAAGGAAAUUCAACAGGACACUUACCAAAAUUCUGCCAUGAGUGUGGGACUAAAUACCCUGUAGAAUGGGCAAAGUUCUGCUGUGAAUGUGGCAUUCGAAGAAUGGUUCUGUGAACAGAGUCCAAAAAAAAGCUAAGUCUAAAAUUUUAUGACUGUUGCUGCUUGGACAGCUAAGCACUUCCUCUAGUGAAUUUAUGCUAAAAUUAUUCAAAAUACUUUUUUCAGCAAUUUUUGAAGCAUAAUCUUUGGCUGUGUAAUGUGUGUGUGUAUAUAUUUGUGUACAUAUACUGUAUAUAAUAAAUACCUGAUGCCCCAAACUGUGCCAUUCAAGGAAAUAUUCACUCAUCUGUCAAAAUAAUUUCAAGUGGAAUCAUUAACUUAGGUGUUACUUUUCUGUUAUUGUUGUUAAAGCACAUGAAGCAUACCUCCACAAAAUCAAACACUAGUGCUCAGUCCUUCAAGCUUUAGGGAUGAUCAUUACCUUGAGCAAAAAAUCAGAACUAACAUAUUUAUUAUCGGUGCCUAUUUUCAGAUAGUAUCAUAGGAUGGGAUGCUUGAAAUUUUGGAAAUGAAGAGAAUAUUUUUAGUUACAACUAGUUAUGUGAGAUCAUUUCUGUAGAGCUUGCCAACCAUUAA